AUGUAUAUUCAGUUGCAUACGGUUGAAGAAGUUGAAAUUGAAUGGAAACUAGAAACCCUAGGAGAUGAAUGUAGAUCGGAAGUGGGGGCCGAAGAAGCUGUGUUUAUAGUUUAUCACAUGAUGCGUUUUACUGAACGUAUUGCUUUUUAUGCUUUUUAUGCUUUUAUAAACUUUAAAGAUAUUAUUUCUAAGUGGGAGGAACGUCUAUGUACAAAGAGUGGAAGAAAGUUUUUCAAACCUAAAGUCAGUGGAUCUAUUACACCUGCUGUUGGAAUGUUUUUUAAGUCAUUUGAUGAGGCUUUUGCAUUUUAUCAGAGAUAUGCACUUGCUGCAGGUUUUUCUGCAAGAAAAAAUACUUCUUGGAAAAAUGUUGGUGGUUUAGUGACAAUAAGAGGUUCAAAAAGAGUUGGAUGCAAUGCUCAUGUGAAACUAAUAUUAGAGAACAAUAUGUUUAAAAUCUACUACUUUGAAGAAGAACAUAACCAUAUCUUUGUUGAAGAUGAAGAUAUUCAUUUCUUGCCGGCUGCCAGAAGUAUCGAUUAUGUGAAAGAAAGUUUUAUAUCUGGAUUGUCUGCAAUCAAUAUUGGACCUGUUAAAGCAUUCAAUAUUAUGAAAACAAUGUAUGGUGGUUUUGGUGAAGCUGGUGCUAGUAAAGUUGAUUGUAAGAAUUAUAGAAGGGAUUUGAAUUUUUACAUCGGAGAGUAUGAUGCUGAAAUGGUAGUUAUGCGUCUUAUUAGGAAGAAAGAAUGUUGUCCUGGCUUCACAUGUGAUUAUGUUAUUGGUGAAGAUAGAAGAUUGAAAGGGCUUUUCUGGGCUGAUGAGCAAUCAAAAAAAAAUUAUACAGUGUUUGGUGACAUAUUUGGUUUUGAUGCUACUUAUAAAUUAAACAAGUAUGAUUUGGUUUUUGUACCAUUUACUGGUAUUGAUAAUCAUUUUAGGAAUGUCACAUUUGGUGGUGCAUUACUUGGUUCGGAGACUGCAGAUUCUUAUAGAUGGCUUUUAAGGUGCUUUCUUAAUACUUUUGGAAGUGAGCCUAAAGUUGUUGUUACUGAUCAAGAUGCUGCAAUGAAGAGAGCUAUUAAGGAUGUACUUUCAAGAAGUAGGCAUAGGUUAUGUAUGUGGCAUAUAUGGGAGAAAUUGAAGACAAAGGUUGGUCCUGUUUUGUCAGCAAACACUGAUUUUAAUACAAGAAUGACUCAUGUUGUAUGGAAUGAUACUAUUAUUCCAGAAGAUUUUGAAACUGAGUGGCAUUCAAUAAUGUCUACUUUUGGAUUGGAAAAUCAUGAGUGGUUAAAAGAUAUGUACGAUCUUCGAUUUGAUUGGAUUCCUGCUUAUUACCAAGGAGAGGAUUUGGCUGGACUUAUGCGUACUACGUCAAGAUGUGAAAGCGAGAAUUACUUCUUUGGUCAGAUUUGCAAUCCAAGAUGUACACUUGUGGAAUACAGCAAACAAGAAGAUGGUUUAAGUAUAAGUUGUUCUUGCAAACGGUUUGAACAAUUUGGUAUAUUGUGCCGCCAUAUAUUUUACGUAUUACGGUAUGAAGAUAUAAGUGAGUUUCCUAGAAGAUAUGUUCAUAGAAGAUGGAUGAGAGAUGUUGUUUCUGUUGGAUCAAAUCAUUCCAAUAUUCGGUUUGAUGAAAUUGGUAGGAAUAGUGCAAUUGAUAAAGUUUAUAGAGAAAUUGUUGUUGCAAAUGAGUAUGUGGUUAAUAGGCUGGUUGGCGAUUUAGAUGAACUGCGUCGUUACAGGGAUCAUAUUAAAAGUUAUAUUGAUAAAGCAGAUGAGGUUAUGGUUGCUGUGCCGCCUCCUAGUCGCAAAGAAAGAUUUGCUGAUAUUGGAGGGAACUUAGAAAAAUCGGAUUCUAUGAUUCGUGUCCCGAUAAAAAUAAGGACCAAAGGAUGCGGUGUUCAAAAAAGGUUCAAGUCUAAUCGUGAGAUUGCAAUUCAGAAAUCAUCAAAGAUCCAGAAAUUGUGUCGUGUAUGUGGUGGAAAAGGACAUAACAGUCGCACAUGUAAAGAUAAGGUUUCUGCUAAUGCUAUAGGUUCUAGCAAUGGAAUGUAA